AUGUUAUCCAAGUUCUCCCGGCGCGUUUCGCAAUGCCUGGUGAGUGGUUCUUCUCGACUUCGUGUGGUGCCUGGCCCAAGAAAUGCUCCAGUCGUGCAGGCGUUCCAGGUGUGCCAACAGCGCGCAAAGGCUGAUAUCUCUGCACCACUGGCGCCGGAGCCACCGUUUCCCACAGUGAUCGUCUACAACCAGUCCAAGCAUGCGACAAAUUCCGUUCUUGCGGACAUUCGCGCUGUUUGGGGCAGCUCAGUUCGUGUGAUACAGACCUUGGAGGAGGGCAGGCAAAGAUUGCCGGGCAUGGACGCCGCCCUCUAUGUGAAGCCCAAGACAUGGGGUGACCUGCAGCACUUCAAGGAACGCCUUGACUUCCUCUGCACUCAGGACCAUGAACUCAGCCGUCAUCGAGCUGCUAAGCAGGUUGUCUUCAUGCCGGGUUGGUCCGCCUUCGCAGAAUCUGCGGAAGCCGCCGUGGGCGUGCAGAACCUUGGCCUGGUCUGGCCCGGUACGGAGCCCAAGGCUUCACAGGGCUUGGAGAAGAUCGGCUUCAAAAGAAUCUGUGAGAAGGUGGGGGCACCGACGCCGCCCUUCACGGUGCUCUCCGAGGAGGAUGCGCCUUUGGUCGACCUCACUAAUCCCGACGCCAAGGAGGCUUGCGUUAAAGAGUUCAUGACGAAAAUCCUCGACAUGAACUUCUCCGAAAAGGGUCUGAUCAAGAGUAUCCAUGGUGGCGGUGGCAAAGGGACCGCGCACCUGCACCAUCCCGACCAGCCGCACGAGGUUCGAAGGGCCGUGGAGAAGGUGAUCACAGAGAUGAACCGCACGGACGGGAUCUACUUUGAGCAACGGGUGAAUACAAAAGGUGAUGGACGUUUCUACCAGAUUGAGCUUGAGGUGGACGGUGGCACCGUCGCAGAUGGCGGCCGAUUCGUGUGGUUCAACUCCGGAUUGCAGAAGGUUGUGGAAAUUGGCCUCAGCGAUGACAAGAUUGACCUCUUUAUGCCACAGGAUCUCUACCAGAAGUCGCGGAAGUGGGCGGGCGACAUCGCGAAAAUGGGCAACAACAACACCAGGGCCACCAUGGAAGCCCUCGUCUUCCAGAAUGAAAAAGGUGAGUACGAGUGCUCCUUUAUCGAGUGCAAUCGACGUCCACAAGUCGAAAACGAAGCACUCGCACUGUUGCAGACCGAUAGCAAGGGCAACAGACGCUACACUUUUGCAGAGCUGAUGAUGCGUGCAAAAGGAUACCCGGCACCGACGUUUGCGCCGGCCAAGGAUUGCUCCAUCGUCCUCCAUGCAAGGUGGCUGCACGGCAAUCCCGACAGCGACGGCAAGAUCACCUACCAGGCCGGGAACAUCCUUGGCAUGACUGGACCUCGGCUGGACUACAUCAAGGCAGAGUUGAUGGCUCCCGGCGAAAUCUCCUUCACAGCAGAUCCGCAGCUGGGCAAGGCCGUGAUCACAGCCGACACUUGGGACGAGAUGUGCGACAAUGCGGCUGAAUACUUCAGGCUUCGCAAGCCAGCAGUCAUGGGAGCAGCAUCCACUUAUGCACAGACCCUGUACAACCUCUUCACCUGUCCCAAGUUCCGAGCUGGGAAAACAGCUUCCAACGAGACCUUUGCACACAUUGAGAUCCCAGACCACCCAGAUCGAAGCGUGCUGACAGUUCUGAAGGAGCAAGUUGCUCCCGCCAUUGUGAAUGGCUAUCGGAAGGGGGAGGGCGUCGACCCUGAGCGCUAUCCCACUCUGGGUGUGACAUCCGCUGUGGAGGAACUGACACAUGAACUUACAAAGACUGCACCGGAGGCCACCAAGUUCACGGCCUUCGCCCGGGGAGAGGCAUCCUACGAGGACUACAUCGCAGAGUUGCGAGCCAAGCUCGACAAGCAGGGCGGCGGCUGGGUUACCGUGGCGCCCCGUGACACGGCCCAGCAGGGCAAUGACUCCGAGAGCGCGUCCGUGAGCAACGUCAGUCGAGUCAACGCCGAAGUCUGGGCACAAAAAGCUGGCUGCGUUGGCUAUGAGACGGGCGGGGCACAGUACCAAGCAGGUUUGAUUCGUGGCUUCGAUCCUGCCACGAUUCUUCGCCUCG